UACCGGUUGGAGCGGAGCUAGCGGGGCCGACGGGCCGGGCCGGGCCGGGACCCGGGCCAGGGUGAACCGAGGGGCCUGCGCGGCCGCCCGGCCCGGCCGCGGAUCAGAUGAGGAAGUCGAGGCUCAGAGAGGUUAAGUCUCUUGCCCAGGGCCACACAGCAGUCAAGGAGCAGAGCUGGGAUUGGAACCUGGCUUCUGAUGCAGAGACAUCCCGUGCUGGAGGACACACAGGGACCUCUCUGGGCAGAGCCGUGUGCCCCGGGCCCAGCCCCCGCCAGGAAUCGCAUCCUCGGAGGUGAAGUCUGUACAUGGCCGGUGGGCGCGGGACAGGUGCUGGCCCCGGAAAACACCAAGCGUGGGGCCUGGCACGCAGGAGCUGCUCAAUGACUGUCAGGCUCCUGGAACCAUGGGCCUCGGGCCCUGAUGACUCGGGGUUCCCUGUGGCCAUGACGACGGGGGACUGCUGCCACCUGCCCGGCUCCCUGUGUGACUGCUCUGGCAGCCCCGCCUUCUCCAAGGUCGUGGAGGCCACGGGCCUCGGGCCACCCCAGUAUGUGGCACAGGUGACUUCGAGGGAUGGCCGGCUCCUCUCCACCGUCAUCCGGGCCUUGGACACGCCGAGUGAUGGUCCCUUCUGCCGGAUCUGCCAUGAGGGAGCAAACGGCGAGAGCUUGCUGUCUCCGUGUGGCUGUGCCGGCACGCUGGGCGCCGUGCACAAGAGCUGUCUGGAGAGAUGGCUGUCCUCGUCCAACACCAGCUACUGUGAGCUGUGCCACACGGAGUUCGCGGUGGAGAAGCGGCCCCGGCCCCUCACAGAGUGGCUGAAGGACCCAGGGCCCAGGACGGAGAAGCGGACGCUGUGCUGUGACAUGGUGUGCUUCCUGUUCAUCACGCCGCUGGCCGCCAUCUCGGGCUGGCUGUGCCUGCGCGGGGCCCAGGAUCACCUGCGGCUGCACAGCCGGCUCGAGGCCAUGGGGCUCAUCGCUCUCACCAUCGCCCUCUUCACCAUCUACGUCCUCUGGACGCUGGUUUCCUUCCGCUACCACUGCCAGCUGUACUCGGAGUGGAGAAAGACCAACCAGAAGGUGCGCUUGAAGAUCCGGGACGCGGAUGGCUCUGAAGGCCCCCAGCACUCCCCGCUGGCAGCUGGACUCCUCAAGAAGGUGGCGGAGGAGACGCCCGUGUGAAGAGAGGCCGGCGGGGCCCUGCGACAUCAGGCCAGGGGUAGCUGGAGAUGCCCUGGCGUUUGGAAGGACGGAAACUGCCCGACCCUUCCUGCACGGCCAGAGCGCUUCUUAGGCCAAGAGACGCCACGUGGAACCUGCGUUCUGUGAUCCUGCGUGUGAAUCUGUUUUCAGGUUUUUUGCACACUGUCGUACGCGACAAGGACAGACGGACACGGUGGUCCUGGGCUGCUUUGGAUGGAACAGGUGCUCUGCUCUCAUUCCGAGGUCCAUGUGGCACCUUGAGGGCCAGCGACUGUGGCCGGUGUGUCCAGGGGCACCCUUUGGGCUGGAAGGUUCCAGCAAGCUUCUUGCGCUUCUCCGCACUCGGCAGGCCCGCUUUCCUGGCACCCUCGACUUUAUAUAAAGUUGCACUGUGUUUCAAAAACCCACCCCUGAUUGAAUAAAAGGAGCCCUUGCUGGACAAAA